CCUACCAUAAGACAAGCGGAAAGCUUGCAGAGGGUCACCAGACAGGAGCCCGGACUUGGAACUUGCUUCUUGGGAGCAUUCCUGAUACCCGGCUGGGUGACAGCCACCUCUUCCAGGGUCCUGUUUCUUUGGGGAUAACCAUGGCUCCAAAACGAAAGUCUUCAGUGCAACCUGAGGGCUCCCAGAAGAAGCGACGGGGGACAGGGGAGGAGGACAGUUUCCGAUCCGCUGCCGAGGCUCUCAGAGCAGCCCCUGCAGAGCAGCACAUCAUCCGUGUGGACCCCGCAUGCCCACUCAGCCGCAACCCCAGAGCUCAGGUCCACGAGGACUAUGACUGUACCUUGAACCAGACCAACAUCGGCAACAACAAUAAUAAGUUCUACAUCAUCCAGCUGCUGGAGGAGGACGGCCGCUUCUUCUGCUGGAACCGCUGGGGCCGGGUGGGAGAGGUGGGCCAGACCAAGAUGAACCCCUUCCCCUGCCUGGAAGAUGCCAAGAAGGACUUUGAGAAGAAGUUUCGGGAGAAGACAAAGAACAAGUGGAAGGAGCGGGACCACUUUGUGGUGCAUCCCAACAAGUACACUCUUAUUGACGUGCAGGGGGACGCUGAAACCCAAGUGGCUGAGGUGGAUGGAGGCCCAGUGAGGUCUGAGGUUAAGCCCUGCUCCCUAGACCCGGCCACUCAGAAGCUCAUCACCAACAUCUUCAGCAAAGAGAUGUUCAAGGACGCGAUGACCCUCAUGAACCUGGAUGUGAAGAAGAUGCCCUUGGGAAAGCUGAGCAAACAGCAGAUUGCGCGGGGCUUUGAGGCCCUGGAAGCUCUGGAGGAGGCCAUAAAAGGCCCCGCAGGCGGUGGCCAGAGCCUAGAGGAACUGUCCUCCCGCUUCUACACCGUCAUCCCACACAACUUCGGCCGCAGCCGGCCCCCGCCCAUCAGCUCCCCUGAGAUUCUUCGUGCCAAGAAGGACAUGCUGCUGGUGCUGGCAGACAUCGAGCUGGCCCAGACCUUGCAGGCAGCCCCUGGGGAGGAGACACUGCAAGAAGUGCCACACCCACUGGACCGGGACUACCAGCUCCUCAGGUGCCAGCUUCAACUGCUGGACAGUGGGGUGCCCGAGUACAAGGCAAUACAGACCUACCUGGAACAGACCAGCGACACCUACAGAUGCCCAGCUCUGCGACAUGUGUGGAAAGUGAACAGAGAAGGAGAGGGACACAGGUUCCAGGCUCACUCCAAACUGAGCAACCGGAGGCUGCUGUGGCACGGCACCAAUGUGGCCGCGGUGGCCGCUAUCCUCACCAGCGGGCUACGAAUCAUGCCGCACUCUGGUGGCCGUGUUGGCAAGGGUAUCUAUUUCGCCUCAGAGAACAGCAAGUCAGCUGGCUAUGUUACUCCCAUGCAUUGUGGGGACCUCCAGGUGGGCUACAUGUUCCUGGGCGAGGUGGCCCUAGGCAGAGAGUACCACAUCACCGUCGAUGAUCCCAGCUUGAAGAGUCCACCCCCUGGCUUUGACAGUGUCAUCGCCAGAGGCCAAACAGAGCCUGAUCCCACCCAGGACAUUAAACUCGAGCUGGACGGGCAGCAGGUAGUGGUGCCUCAAGGCCGGCCUGUGCCGUGUCCGUCGUUCAGACGUUCCCACUUCAGCCAGAGCGAGUACCUCAUAUACAAGGAGAGCCAGUGUCGUCUGCGCUACCUGCUGGAGAUCCACUUCUGAACUGCUUGCCCUUCCCAAGUCCCAGGCUGGGCCAUGAUCUCGAUCUUCACGCUCCUCUGUCUGGCUCCCAUACUUCCGUUGGGUUCCAAGAACAUAAUACUUGCCAGGCACAUUGGCACACACCUAUAGCCCCAUCUAGUCAGGAGGCAGAGGCAAGACAAACACUACCCUGUGAGCUGGCGGCCAGUCUGGGCUACAUAGUAAGACAAGUAUAUAAAAAAAUAUUACAAUCAUGAGACAAAGCCAAUUAACAAUGUUCUGAAGCAGGCAAUGAUGAUUCAUGCCUGUAAUCCCAGUACUUGGGAGGCUGAGGCAGGAGAAUCACUGUGGAUUCAAAGACAGCCUGGGCUAAACAGUGAGUUCCAGGCUAGCUUGAGCUACAGAGUGUGACCCUGCCUCAAAAA